GCCGCUGUGGUUUUCUUCAAGAUGGCGGGGCUGCGACUGAGGCAGUACGGUGGAGCGUCGAGAAAAAAAUAAUUAGGAAAAGGCGUUUAGGUGCCCAAACGGAUACAGUCACGCCACAUUAUUGCUCCCAGAAGAAACCAGUGGAGGAUGAUCAGUGCCUAGAUCCCAUAUUAAGCUGAAUGCAUUGUGAUUUCCAAUAAUUGAGACAGUGAUUCUGAAAGCUGUCUACAUUAAUGAAAAGAACAAUGUAGUCAGCUUAGCAUUUUCACCUCUGGUACGUGGUCUAUACAGGGAUGUGCUUCUGCAUGCAUUCUUGGUUUAGAUAAAAGAGAGAGCUUAUAACAAGUAAGGUUUUAGAAAUAAAUUAGCUGUCUACAUAAGUAAGAUUAAGUAUCAGAGCAAAUGGAGAUAGACGAUGUUUUACCUCCUCUCCCCUUGGAGCCACCUGAUGAUUUUGGCCAACAUGAGGGCAGAGCACCUCCACCACCUCCCCUGCAAACGUCCAGUGACGCAGAGGUAAUGGACGUUAGCUCUGGUGGUGAUGGAUACACAUACACCCCAGGGGAUGGGGAAGCCAAGCCACAGCAGCCCCUCAGCAUGGGCUCAGUAACUUUCUGUAGCCACCUCUCAAAUCAGGCCAAUCCCAAUGCACGGUGCCCCAGAACAGCCCGCCACGCUCCACCGGUCACUUCGUUUCUACCAGACCUCAAGCUGCUCAGAGAUGUAAAGAUCAGUGUGAGCUUCACUGAAAGCAGUAGUAGCAAAGAUAGGAAGGUUUUGUACACAGGCGAGGGCCAAGAGGGAGGAAGUGAUGACGGUUUAGACAGCCUGAAUGGUGAGUUGCAUGAUUCAACUAGUGAGCAGGAGACAGGUGAAGGUAGCUCUCGAGUAGGAAGUAAAGCAGGUAGAAGGACAGAGGAAGCUGAAGUAGACCUGGAAAAUAAGGUAGAGUUUGCUGUCCUGGAUGAGUUGGAUGACUUUUAUGAGAACUUUGUGGAUCACGACGACGGGGAGCAUGGCGGCUUUAAAUCUGAAGUCAUAAUUCAGCAGGAGCAGGCGGAUGAUGAAGCUGUGGCUUACUCCUAUGAGGAGGAGUUUGACAAUGAUGUCGAUGCUCUGCUGGAGGAGGGCUUACCGGUCCCAAAGAAGAUGCGUCCAUCAGGGGACAAAUAUGGCGGGGACAGUGAUCAUCAGUCAGAUGGUGAAGGAGGUGUUCAGCCCAUGAUGACCAAAAUAAAGACUGUCCUGAAGAGUCGAGGACGUCCACCAACUGAGCCUCUACCUGAUGGAUGGAUCAUGACAUUCCAUAACUCGGGCAUUCCGGUCUACCUGCACAGAGAGACCAGGGUGGUCACCUGGUCCAGACCCUACUUCCUUGGAACAGGCAGUAUUAGGAAACAUGACCCUCCUACCAGCAGUAUCCCUUGCCUUCACUACAAGAAAAUGAAGGAACAGGAGGAAAGGGAGCUGAAUGGGGAUGUGCCACUUUCAGAGGAGUCUCCAGUCAAGCAGCCCAGUGAGUCUGCAGAAAGUGAGGAGGGAGCAAGCAAGUCAGAAGCUACAGGGGAGGAGCAGGAUGAUCUCCCCUCUUCAAGUAUGACGGACGGUGACCAAGAGGGAGAAGGGAUCACUGAUAACAGCCAGGCUAAAGAGUCCCAGCCUUGUGACACCGCCCAGGGAGCCUUAGGACAAGUCAAAGCCAAGGUGGAAGUGUGCAAGGACGAGUCUAUAGAACUUGAAGAGUUUCGGCUUUAUCUGGAGAAAUGUUUUGACUUUGAACAAGUUACUGUAAAGAAGUUUCGUACCUGGGCUGAGAGAAGGCAGUUUAAUAGAGACAUGAAGAGGAAACAGGCAGAGUCGGAGAGACCCAUCCUUCCUGCCAACCAGAAACUCAUCACACUGUCAGUCCAGGAUGCUCCCACCAAGAAGGAAUUUGUCAUCAACCCUAAUGGGAAGUCUGAAGUUUGUAUUUUGCAUGAAUAUAUGCAACGUGUCCUGAAGGUUCGACCUGUUUACAACUUUUUUGAAUGUGAGAACCCAAGUGAACCCUUUGGAGCAUCUGUCAUUAUAGAUGGAGUAACUUAUGGCACAGGAACUGCAAGCAGUAAAAAACUUGCAAAGAAUAAAGCUGCUCGAGCCACACUGGAAAUCCUCAUCCCUGACUUUGUGAAGCAGACGUCUGAGGAGAAGCCCGUAGAGGGAGAUGAACUAGAGUAUUUUAAUCAUAUCAGUAUAGAAGACUCAAGGGUGUAUGAGCUGACCAACAAAGCAGGACUACUUUCGCCAUAUCAGAUUCUUCAUGAGUGCCUUAAAAGAAACCAUGGAAUGGGAGACACCAGCAUUAAAUUUGAGGUGAUCCCUGGGAAAAACCAGAAAAGUGAAUAUGUGAUGACUUGUGGGAAGCACACUGUGCGUGGAUGGUGCAAGAACAAGAGGGUUGGCAAACAACUAGCAUCUCAGAAGAUCUUGCAGAUGCUUCAUCCCCAUGUCAAGAACUGGGGAUCACUGCUGCGCAUGUACGGCAGAGAAAGCAAUAAGAUGGUCAAAAAGGAGAGCUCUGACAAGAGUGUGAUUGAGCUGCAGCAGUAUGCCAAAAAGAACAAGCCAAACCUUCAUAUCUUGAACAAACUGCAAGAAGAAAUGAGGAAACUCGCCAAGCAGAGGGAGGAAACCAGGAAGAAACCCAAGAUGACCAUAAUGGAGUCUGCCCAGCCGGGGAGUGAACCCCUCUGCACUGUUGACGUUUAAGUCUCCAAGUCACUGAUGAACCACGGCACUGAAACCCUGUCGCUGUCCCACAUCACACACCAAUACCCAUCACUUUAUUAUGCAUCACUAAUGGCAAUAUAGUUCCACAUCGACCAAGCCAGUAGAGCAGCUUGUUUCUUUAGCCUGUGUUUCAUUGGUUUCAGCUGGUAGAUGUAAAGGUAGAAUUAACGCACUAACAGACCGUAGAGCAAAUAUCGUCUACCUCUCUAGAUACAUCCUCACUUUGGCACAAGGAAAAAAAAAAACCCUGGCUGCAGAGAUGUUAACAUGAUGAGAAUGAACCACAACAAAAUAAUAAUGCAUGCUUUUGUUUGCAAAAAUCCCACUGCACAGAUUGGGUUUGAUUUUAGUGUCGUUUAUAAAGUUGCUAUCCUCAGCGUACCAGCACCUCUACUUUAUUGUUUUUUUUUUCUUUUUGCGCUUAAAGUAUUUGAAAGGGACUACUAAAACUUGUGUAUUUAUACAGUUUGUUAAAUUGGGAAACAUCUUAACUUGUUUAUUGGACAUUUUAAUGGGUGGUGUUAUGGAUAUUAAGGUUGAUGAGUACAAAAUAUGCCGUUUAGUUUUUUAAGAAUGGACAGUUGCUGUCUCGGUUUGCACGAUAAACCAUGCGUCGUGACGUGAUCACUGUUCAGAACUAUCGUUAUGCACUCGUGUCCUGUCACAUAUUUGUGUUGACUGAUCAUGUUGAUGGUACAGGAUCAGCUGCUUUUGAGAUACUUACAGAGACUUUUGUAUUUGGAGGAAAUUGUUGCCUUUUUCUUUCUUUAUUUGCUUUGGCAGUACCAGACAUGGACAUCUUUUCCACAUUUAAUACUGCAGUAAACCCAUGCACAAAGUCCUGGAGUGCGUUUAGGGUGAAAAAAUAAUUUCUUUUAAGCUAUUAGUUAUUGCUAGCUUUUAAUAAUAUACUAAAAUUACCACACUUACAAGCUAACAACUUAAUACAUUUCAGUAGCUUUUCUUUUUAGUGCCCUGAAGAAAUUUCAUUGGCUACAUGUUGCCUUAGUUAAAUUCAUGAAGGGCUCAGAGUAUAAAGAGUACAUUGGACCUAAAAAAGAAAAAAAAAAAUACUUCAAUAAGAAGUGGAAAGACCAAGCCCCUUCUACUUGAUGAAGCAUUUAUUCUUUGACUAGUGAAUAUUUUGAUAGAAACAGCUCGUCAAAUAUUACUUUUAAGGGGGAAAGCCUACAGCAUGUGCAGAUUUGUCUUAAAGGAUUAUGUAUUUUAUCUACGUUUGCAGCUGAAACCAUUUCUAAAAGGCAGCCUUGCAAAAUGCAGUUGGCUCAAUGAUAUGAACAAAUUCUGAUUAAGUCAUUUAGUCUGAUAAGAGCUGGUGAAACUGUGUAUACCAAAGCUUACAUACAGUCUUAUGCAUUUUAUAGAAUAAUGUUGCUGCGAACUGUACAGUAGAAAAACGGCCAUGCAACAGGAAAUAUAUAGACGCAGUAGUUGCUGGAACAAAUAGAAAGUGCUGUGCAAUCUUUGUCAAGUAUCUGGCCUGUGGUUUUUCGACUGAACAUACAAGGACACAUUACAGACUAAACACAGAAAAGGCUGUUGUGAUAUUGUAGAUCGCUUUAAGAAUGUGCUUUUUCCCCUCUGCGUUUGUCUUGCCAACUGUGUGUCAGUGUGAGAAGAGAAAAAAAAUUAACUGCUUUUACAUGUGUUGCUGUUGAGUUGUAUCAAUGAAUCGUUUGAGAUGUUGCUGCCUAGAAAAUGAAGUAUGUAUUGCAACCUGAGCUCAUGACUUCAGUGAUAUUUGUUAUGCAAAAUAAAAAUGUCUUGACUAAUGACAAGAAA